UUUCUGCCUCUCACAAUUUUCUCUUUCCUCUAGAUUUCCUGGAGUCCGAGCUUCCCUUGAUAGCACAGAUGACGCUGGACCCGGAGACAGCCAGUGCUGGUCUUUAUCUCUCAGAGGACUGCAAGCUCAUGCAGUGGCAAGGCCGUGAGCAGGGCCUGCCCUACAACCCAAGGAGGUUCAAAUCCGGGCCCUUUGUUUUGGGCUCGAGGGGCUUCACAUCGGGGUGGCACCGCUGGGACGUGGAGAUCUGUGGAGUUGACGUGUGGGCCAUCGGGGUGGCCAAGGCUUGUCAGAAAGGGCCUUUAUCCUCCCUGCAGCCCGACCCAGUGAUAUGGGCUCUCUGUCAUAACAGUGGUCGGUAUGAGGCUCUGACCUCUACAAAUGUCACCCCCUUGACUCUAUGCAGUGUCCCCAAGAGGAUACGAAUCUGCUUGUACUGUGAGGAAGGGAGGCUGGAGUUUUUUGAUACCAAGAGGAAAAAACAAAUCUUUGCUAUGGAGCAGGCAUCUUUCCAAGGGGAGAGAGUCUUCCCGUGGUUCAUGGUGCGGGGAAAAACUUGUCUCAAACUUCUUCCCUAAGGCACAGGAGGAAAAAAAAAAAAAAGCAACUCCCAAAGCCAUUGACUUACCCUUGGGAAAGAAACCAGGGCUGGGUUUUGUCACAAUCCCACCAAAGGGACAGGAAAGGGGAGCGGUGUUCAGGUUCCUUUCCUUCUGUGCAAAAUGGGAGCAUUUCUGUGCCUUCAACUCUAUUUUGAUCUUUCAAUCGCUGUUUAAUCACUACAUGGCUGUUACAAGGUAAACUUGCCCUGUUGGGGAGUUAAAAUUAAAACUGUAAUUCUAAACCAUU